AUGCAGCCCCUACUUUUUCAGGAUGUGCCGACCUGUGAGGAGCCGGGCAUGCCGGGCCAAUGCAUGGCCAUGAUAGUCAAUGAAAACGGCCAGACGAUGCUGUUGAGGCUGUGCCCCGGCGGUGGCAAGUUUAAGGCGGUCCACGAGGCUAAAGAAGGAGCGGAGCUGUGGGCUGCGGUAUGCGACACGGAUCUGUGCAACAACUGGGAUGCAGCCGGGAUCAAGGCGAAGGCGUCCACCUCGUCCAUCUCGUACCUCAUCGCCAUCACCAUCGUCGUCGCCAAGUUCAUCGCCAUGCAC